AGAGAGGAGGAGGAAAAGUGGACAAGAGUGAAUGAGUGAUGGGAUCUGAGACAGAACCAGAGCUAAGCUCCACACCAAGAUUACCAUUACUCUUGAACCAACAUGCACAUGCAUAUAUGCAGUCACCACAGAGGUCAGGGACGCUAACCCCGCCACUCUACGCCUCAGCCUCUGUACCGUUUCGUUGGGAGGAAGAGCCUGGCAAGCCCAGAAGCUGUACUGCUCUCUCCAAUCCCAUUGACUCUAGCCCCAAGUGCCUGGAGCUACCUCCAAGGUUGCUCUUGGAUGCCAAUGUUAGCAAGCUGGCCUCACCGACUACAGUCUUGGAGGGACCUUAUCUGGGCAAGCAAAGAUUUCGGUCUUCUUCGUUUAGAAUAAUCAGAAGGGAGUGUUAUGGGUCCUUUCGCAGGAGUAGUACUCCUGAGAGAGGUCAGCUUAGUACCAUGGUUCUUAGCAAGAGAGGGCUGAAAGACAGACUUUUGGGUUCCUGGAGUUGGGGAAGGACGGCCUUCAGGGGUAAAAGAGAGGUUGCCGGGGCUAGUUAUGUCUUUCCGUCAUCAACGGAUAGAGAGGUUGAUGGUAGCAACGAAGAGGAAGAGAGAAGUAGCAAGAAUGUCAAGAUCACAAGGAUCAGAAGAUCAGGCAGCUUUUCCACUCAUGCCAGGUCUCAUUUCUGGGCUACAAUUUAUGAAGGAUUGAAGCAGGUAGUUCCAUGGAGGAACAGAAAACUAAAGAAAGAUGGGUUUGUUAUUUGAUUUUUCCUUCUGGCACAAGACGAUGCGUCUCAUUAAAUUACCUGGAAACGGCAAUGGUCCUGUC